CUUGGGCGGUAUCUUCGUAAACAUGCUGCGCUUUAUCCCUCGCCGAGUUACUACCUGUAGAAGCUGUAGGCUAGCAUCCAGUACCCCUAAUCGCCUCUUUUCGACGAUCCAGCCGCUGUCACAGCGGCUUCCAGGCGAGGAUGGCCGAACCACGCACUUCGGCUUCGAGACCAUCUCCGAAGCUCAAAAAGAGGCCAGAGUGGGAGCUGUUUUCUCCUCAGUAGCAUCUUCGUACGAUACAAUGAACGACUUGAUGUCCCUGGGCAUCCACCGAUUAUGGAAAGAUUACUUUGUCCGCAGUCUCAAUCCCGGAAGCAGGACAGACGAUAAAGGCUGGAGCAUCCUCGAUGUUGCAGGCGGAACAGGGGAUAUUGCCUUCCGGAUGCUCGACCAUGCGACGAAUGUCAACCUCGAUCUGACCACCAAGGUGACGAUCGCUGACAUCAACCCGGACAUGCUUGCUGAAGGCCAGAAGAGAGCUCUUGAAACACCAUAUGGAAAAUCUGGAAGGUUGUCAUUCAUGCGAGGAAACGCAGAGUCUAUGCCUUCGAUCCCGUCGGAUAGUAUCGACCUCUAUACGGUGGCGUUCGGCAUCCGCAACUUUACGAACAAGGACGCUGCACUUCGCGAGGCGUUCCGAGUACUCAAGCCGGGAGGUGUCUUUGCUUGUAUGGAAUUCAGUCAUGUCAACAGCUCUAUUUUCAAUGCUUUAUAUAAGAGAUGGAGCUUUGGAGCUAUUCCCCUCAUUGGACAACUGGUGGCAGGCGACCGAGACAGCUAUCAAUAUCUUGUCGAGAGUAUCGAACGAUUCCCGACCCAAGAGGAGUUUAAAACCAUGAUUCAAGACGCCGGAUUCAUCACGUCUGGUGCUGGAUAUGAAAAUCUGACAGGAGGCAUUGCCAGUAUUCACCGAGGCAUCAAACCGCUCUGAUCGACUCAUGGGCAAAUGCCAUGAAAGAGGACAUACAGUUUGAUUCGAACAUCAAGUCCAAAUUCUGCCAGCAUGCAACCCUCCAGUAACUGUGAUGUCAGCACCUGUGGUGUACGAAGAGGCAUCACUCAGCAAAUAUACGGCGGCACCGAGCAGGUCGUUGCGGUUACCGAUUCUCUUCAACGGUGGCGAAGAAUGCAUAAUGUCCACCAAAUGCGGACGUUGUUCCCGCAAGGUCUUGCUCAUGUCGGUAUUGAUGAAGCCGGGUGAGAUUGCAUUGCAGCGAAUGCCUUGCGGGGCCAAUUCAACACUCAAGGCCGUAUUGAGCAUCCUCACUGCACCUUUCGAGGCGUAGUAUGCCGAUAGCAACUGCCCGGGAAUGGCGCAGUGCGCGCAUACAGAAGCGAUGAGGAGAAGGCUUCCGCCGGUGCCUUGCUUCUCCAUCUGUUUCGCGGCCAUUUGAGCCGCGAAGAAUGUACCGGUAACCUGUAAAAAAUAUCAAUCAUCAAGAUCGGAUGGCAACAGAUUUCCAGCCACUUAGCUUACAUUGAUGUCCAUGAUUUUCCGGACCUCUUCCCACGACCACUCUCCAAAUGGUUUGUCAAUGCAGAUGCCAGCAGCUGUCACACUUUUGUCCGGAAUUAGAAUUAGUCGUGCGUCCGGGUCUGACAACGAUAUACAUAUAUUGGGGCCUUCUCCUUACCAUCCUUCAAGACUUCCAAAUUCCGAGACAGUCUGGUCGAAUGCUUUUGUCAGACUCUCACCGCUCGUCACAUCGGCAUGGAUGUAUCUGGCCUUGACUCCAAAGUCACCCUCCAAGGUACCAAAGUCUUUGACCGGAGAGGGCAGCACGUCCAGGACAGCCACGUUGCCUCCCAUCUCUGCCACGGCACGAGUGAUUGCGUAUCCGAUUCCACGCCCACCUCCCGUGAUGAUGUAGUUUCGACCUUUCAGGUCAAACAUUGGCCGUACGCUGUUCAAGUCUCCAUCGUGAAGUUCGUUCCGUCUCACCGAAGUGGUUGAUAUAUUCUUCUUGGUGACCAACGUGGCAGGGCGGUAAAGCCUGCUGAGGUUCCGCCGCAACGGUAAGGAUAUACGACUUGUUGGUGUUAACAUGGUUUGAGAUGCAGGGGACCUUUUCUUAUGGAUUUGUGUGUUGUCGACAAUAGUCAGACCCGAGCAUCUCUUCCUCUUCUAAGAGGUACUUUGCAAGAAUCGUAAGCGGUUUCUUGUCUAUCUUUGAACUUGGUGAGUCCCCUUAUUGUGUACUCCAGUACGGAGUACUUCCCCAACUUUUCUGACUAGCCGACACCGAGGGUUUCUCCCCCGAAUCUACGGGGUAUGUAAUGUUUGGGCUUAUACGGAGUACGGAGUAUUGGGAGACACGUACGAAUACGAACUCAUCCGAU